AUGGGGCUGUCUUUCACGAAGCUUUUCAGUCGGCUCUUUGCCAAGAAGGAGAUGCGUAUUCUGAUGGUGGGUCUCGAUGCGGCUGGUAAGACCACCAUUCUCUACAAGCUCAAGCUCGGCGAGAUCGUCACCACCAUUCCCACCAUUGGAUUCAAUGUGGAGACUGUGGAAUACAAGAACAUUAGCUUUACUGUCUGGGAUGUUGGGGGUCAGGACAAGAUCCGACCUUUGUGGAGGCAUUACUUCCAAAACACACAAGGACUUAUCUUUGUGGUUGAUAGUAAUGAUCGUGACCGUGUCGUUGAAGCCAGGGAUGAGCUGCACAGGAUGUUGAAUGAGGAUGAGUUAAGGGAGGCUGUCCUGCUUGUAUUUGCAAAUAAGCAAGAUCUUCCAAAUGCCAUGAAUGCUGCCGAAAUUACUGAUAAGCUUGGCCUUCACUCCCUCCGUCAACGCCACUGGUAUAUCCAGAGUACAUGUGCCACAUCUGGUGAAGGACUGUACGAGGGACUUGACUGGCUUUCAAACAAUAUUGCAAACAAGGCAUAG